CGGCUGCUCCGCCACCGGACCAUGAGCCACUCCAGGCACACGGGCAAGAUCAGGAAGAGGCUGGAGGACAUCAAGAACCAGUCCCCUAAGCUGGCCAAAGCGGAUUUCAGCCACAACGAGAGCAUCAGGCUGGCCACGGAUGCCUUCCUGGACGGGGGGACGGACUCCUACCUGGAGACCCUGGGCAAGGAAGGCGAGGUGGAUUUCCUGUCCUCCGUGGAAGCGCAGUACAUCAGGGAGCACGCCAAGGAGUCGUACUACGCGAGCGAGCCCGCGGCCGACGGGGCGAAGCCCUACCUCAAGGAGAAGUCCACGGCCACCGUGUACUUCCAGACGGAGAAGAACAGCAACAUCAGGGACAUCAUCCGCCGCUACAUCAACAAGACCACGCAGGUGCUCGCGAUCGUCAUGGACGUGUUCACGGACACCGAGAUCCUCUGCGACCUCCUGGAGGCGGCCAACAAGCGCAUGGUGUUUGUCUACCUGCUGCUGGACCACGGCAACAUCAAGCUCUUCUCCGAGAUGUGUGACAAGCUGCAGGUCGCUGAGGAGCUCUUCAAGAAUAUUUCAGUCCGCAGCGUUACUGGAGAGGUUUACUGUGCCAAAUCAGGCAGGAAAUUUGCAGGACAAAUACAAGAAAAAUUUCUUAUUUCUGACUGGAGAUACGUGCUCUCUGGCUCUUACAGCUUCACGUGGCUCUGCGGCCAGGUCCACCGCAACCUCCUCUCCAAGUUCACGGGCCAGGUGGUGGAGCUCUUCGACGAGGAGUUUCGCCACCUCUACGCGCUCUCCAAGCCCGUGAGGGGCCCCAAGUCGCCACCGCGCUCCAGGCCCUUCCUGCUCGGCACGGCCUGGGCCGCGCGGCGCAGCCCCUCGGACAGCAGCCCGGGCAGCGCCAACACCCUCUCGGAUCCCUUCAGCAGCCUCUCGGCUUACCAGCCCCACUACGACUCGGCCCCCGCUCUGUACAACAACAUGAACAUCUACAGACCCAUCCGGCUCCGGCAGGAGGAGCCCAACAGGACGGGGCUGAACUCGCCCUGGAGGUGCCUUCACAAAGCCAACCUGUUUGUGUAA